UUUUUUUAUCGGAUAUUUCCCAUCAAAAUCGUUUUGUAUAAUUGUUAGCUAUCAUUUUGAAUUAAUUUCCAUAUUGGUGCAGCCUUUUGCGACGUUAUUUCUCUUAUUUGUGAUAUGUUGGACGAUUAGCUCGAUUAAAAGAUAUAAUAAAAAUUUUAAAUUUGGCAUGCCACAUGGCCGCUAUAAUAGCAGAUGUGCAGGCAAUUCUUCUGACGUGGGCAGCACAACAAACAGCAGUGAUAGGCACGCAAUUUCCUGGCAUAUACGCUAUGCACAAACACUUGCUGGAGAAGAUAGGUUCGGUACCGCAACGUUUCGUACUAUGCGCAUUCGGUUUCCUUGCCAUUGUUAACGCCUACACAAUGCGUCACUGUUUGGAUAUCGCGCUGGCGCACAUUGUUACACCCAAACAAAAGUAUGGGCGCAUGCGCAAUCUCAAUUCGGUCACGUUAAGCUCAUUUAACUUAUAUGAACGCAUGCAACAACAACGUAAUGGCACCUUAACGGAUGCAAUUGGAAAACGACGCACACAAUCUAUCCACUAUGAUUGGUCUGAUCAGCUGCAAACAUGCAAUUUGGUCGCCUUUUAUGUUGGCUAUGUGCUUUCGCAUGUGCCCAGCGCACAACUCUCUAUGCGUUUUGGUGGCAAGUGGGUGCUUGCUGUCGGCUUAGCAACAACUGCAGUGCUCACAAUUCUUACACCAACAGCGGUGAAAUGUGGCGGCCCUUUGGCACUUAUACUCAUACGUAUGCUAAUCGGCCUAAGCGAGGGCCCAACAUAUCCGGCUUUGAGUGAACUGCUUUCGAAAUGGGUGCCGGCUAAGGAACGCGCAACGCUGGCCUCACUCGUUUUGAGUGGCAGUCAAAUUGGCAUUUCAAUGGGUAAUUUCAUUUCCGGUUUGCUGUUGCAUCGCUACGAUUGGACAUUGAUUUUCUACUACUUUGGUAUAUGCGCUUUGCUCUGGUUCGUUGCUUUCACUUCUUUAUGCUACAAUGCACCAGAGGAGAGCCCAUUUAUACAGGAAACGGAAAAACAAUAUCUGCAAAAAGAAAUUGGUACAGUAAGAAGGCGUCAGCAAAGUGUUACAAAAAUUCCAUGGAAGGGCAUAUUUCAAAAUUUACCUAUGUGGGCGAUGAUUUCGGCUACUGUGCAAUACGAUUGGACACAACUACAACAUGCCGCUGAAGUGCCGCAGUUCAUAAAAGACGCCAAGCAGCUGCCGCUAACCGAAAGUUUUAUCAGUGGAUUGCAGAAUCAAUUGCCGUACGUUAUGAAUUGGCUGUUGUCAGUGAUUUCCGGUGUGCUUGCCGAUCUGCUUGUAAACUAUGAGAUCUUUUCGGUGACGGUUAUGCGCAAAAUUAUGGCCUUUGCUGCUGCAGUGGCCCCUAACCUAUACAAUAGCCUACUGCCUUGCUUGAGCUGCAGUGAGAAGGCGGAUUUAUUUGCCUUUAGCAAUUGUGCCAUAAAUGUGCUGGGCAGUUAUUAUGCUGGCAUUAAAUUGACGCCGUUGGAUAUGAGUCCGAAUUUCGCUGCUACUCUAAUGGGUAUUGCGAAUGGCAUUGGUUCCUUGACGGGCGUUGUAGCGCCAUUUUUGAAGGAUUCGUUAAGUCGUUGGCCACAAUUCAAAGUGUUCCGUGCGCUUAUUUGGUUAGUUUCUACGUUGCUAAUUUCAGGCGAUGUACAACCUUUCGAUCAGCCACACUCAACGGAGUCAAAUAAAAAUGAAUAGGACAGGCUAUAGUUAUUAUUUAAUAAAUAUGUAUUUGAAAGGUAAAUUG